AUGGUUAUAGAUGAAGAAAAUGCAGAUGAAAAUUCACAAAGAAAAACUAGAGGGCCAACAUAUAUGAUAGAAAUAUGGGGUAAACCUAGUAGUUGUCAUCAGUACAAAGUUAGAUUUGAUAAGGAUGGUGAGCCUAUUGGCAAGAACAAGUCCAAAUUUACUGAGUUCUUAGGAACAAUAGCAAGAAAUGGAAAGUAUGCUCCUCUAGACGUGACAGAUUGGCGUGAAAUGACAAAUGAUAAGAAGCAAGACAUGCUUGUACUGGUGAAGGAAAAAUUUCGUCUUCCUCGAGGUGCAGAUUUCUGGACUUUGAAAUCUAUCGGCAAAAAAUGGAGAAAUUGGAAAUCAGCUUUAAAGGCAAAAUAUUACAAUCCAAAUGAAUCCAUUGAGAGUCAAAUUAACAAUAGGGAUCAGCAGAUCUUGAAAGAUCAGUGGAGAAAUCUUCUGGCUUACUGGAGCUUAGAGGAAACAAAGAAUACCAGCGAGAAGAAUAAGAUGAGUCGGGCUAAGAAAACAAUGAAUCAUAAGACAGGGAAGAAAUCGUAUGCUCAAAUUCGAAAGAAAUUGCAAGCUUUGAAGGAAAAAGUUAGCCAACUUCCCCCUGGUUCUAAUGAUGAUGUUGGUCGUAAUGAUGCAUUUGCCCAAGUAUUUAGGGAAGAUAACAAUGGGCGUGUGCGCAUGUAUGGUCUAGGUGUGACACCAUCAAACAAAUGGGGUAACGUACCUAGUCGCAGCACUUGUCAGCGUAUCGUUAUGGAGCAAAAGGCAGCAAUUUCUAAGAUGGAAGAUAAAUUUGCUGAGCAAGAUCAGCAGCUGAAAGACCAAGCCAAAGAACUUGCAGAGCUCAAAGCAAUUGUGUGUCAGCAGCAAAGUAGUGGCUCAAAAACUGGUGGCUCGAUAAAUUCAACGUCCUCUAAUCAUGUUUCAAAAUCACCUAUUGGUGCUCAUUCUCUUCAGGUAUGUUCAUGA